UCUUCAUUUCCAUUUUAACAUUUUCUCUUUCUUUCUUUCUUUCUGGGUUUCUCUCUCCCCUUUUCUCUCUGUAAUUUUCUUGAUGAUUUGAUGAAGAGCACGAGGAGUUUAGGAAUGGAAGCUACUGAGUUUUAGUACAGUCUUGGUAGCAUUUUCUUUCUGUUUUUCUGGGGAUUUCUGACUGAAAAAAGAAAGCUUUUUUUUUUUUUUUGUUUUUUAAUCAUCUUCUUCUUCUUCCCCAAAGGGUGGACUUUUUUCUGGUUUUCUUGGUCUUUCAUGGAGGCUCCAUUUCUGGGGUAUGGUUUUGAUUUAAUCUAAGAGGAGAGAAAAGGGAUUGGAAUGCUGAGGAGCAGAUCGAGAAAAGCAGUGAGUAGCAAGAAGCAAGGAUUCAUGGCGGCUGAGCAGCAGACAUGUGUACCACCGUCUUCUCCGACAAAGCCCGUUUCGUCGUUUUUGGGUUCUCCGAGGAUCUUCAAUGGGCUUCUGGGGAGGACUCUGUCGGGAUCGGAGAACAAUGGCGGCGGCGGCGGCGGGAUGAGCAUAAGCCCGACCUCCAUUCUUGACGGCAAGCAGAUUCUCAAUCUGGCCCACCCUUUCGGGUAUGAUAGAAGCCCGAGCCCGACUCGGAACGCCAACCCACUGCCCGAUUCCUUGGGAGUCGGGCUGGCAAUCAUUGACUCAUCACCCAGAGAAGAAAACAGGAGUGUUCUGUUCGGGUCAAAGCUGAGAGUUCAAAUCCCGUCUCUGAUUUCUCCGGUGGAGUCCCCCAAGUCUCCGGCGGAUUUCGGGAUCAAGACUCCCCGGAAUCCGCCAUUGCUGAGCUGUUGCGCUCAGCCCAAAGAGUCCCCUCCGGUGGAGAAUCUCUCCCUGAGCGAGAUGGAGCUGUCGGAGGACUACACAUGCGUGAUCACCCACGGCCCGAACCCGAAAACCACACACAUAUUCGACAACUGCGUGGUGGAGAGCUGCUGUGGUGUGAUGAAGCCAUCAGAACUGAGAAGGGAGAAUGCUUCUUCUUCUUCUUCCCCUGCAACCUCUCCUCCACUGAGUUUUCUGAGGUUCUGCCAUGGCUGUGAAGUCAAUCUUGGAGGUGGCAAAGACAUCUACAUGUAUAGGGGGGAGAGAGCGUUUUGCAGCGAAGAAUGCCGCAGCCAAGAGAUGGGUUUGGAGAUGGAAGAAAAGAAGAAUGCCCUCUGAGAGUUUCUGAUACAAGAAGAGGGAAUUUAGCAUCUUUUAAAGUUUAGAUGCUGUUUUUUAAGCUUUUUCCCAGAUUUGACUUGUGAUCAGCCGAAAGAUGACAUGACGCUGAUCAAGAAUUGCACCAUUUAGUGAUAUGAUAUAUAUAUAUAUAAUAAUAAUGUUAAUUGUUUUCUAGUUUCA